AUGAUGAGCUUGAUCCAGAACCAAAAGUCCCGGGGCCAUACUUUCGAUCUCUCGUCACCGGUAACGCCCACCAGCGGCGGACGCAGCAGGCGCCACGGACAAAACGCCCCUCCGAAUCUCAGCGAGGAGGAGUACAUCUCCGAUGACAGCGAUGACAAUGGCGACGAUGUUGGAGAUGAGAAUGGAGCUGGCGACGAAUAUGGUGCUGACAACAGUGCUUUUGCACCUCUUCCUCUUCUGAAGCUGGAUCCCUACACUGUUGGUCCUCCAAUUAGGAUAUGCAUGAUGCACAUUUUUGGAGGAUAA